AAGAAAACGUGUGCUGUAUGUGAUCGUCAAUCGAUAAACUGUAGAGUGUACGUUAGCUAGCGAAAAACAGAGCAAAAUCCCACAUCAUGUCUCGUCACCGAAAUGUACGGAACGCAGUCUACGAUGAUUACGACGAUGAUGAUUAUCAGUACGGCCAUUCGGUGGAGGAUGAAUGCAUCUCACCGACCGAUGCCCAGCAAUGGAUCUACGACCGUGCCAAAGGUCAGCAAAGUAUGUCCGAAUUUCUUGCCAACAAUCGCGACAUUGAAGAAGAAGACGACGAUGAGCUGGCGGCGGAAAAUGUGGGUGAAGGUGCGGCACACAAGAGGCGCGAUUCCGAGUGCUUUCAAAUGCCGGAUCUGAAUGAUGAGGAUCGUGCACGGUUGCUGUCGUGUAUGGACGAAAUCCGUGAUAUCGUGGGUGAAACGUGCAGUGACCGUCAGAUGGUGGAGGCAAUCAUGAAGCACGAUUAUGACUGCAGCAAAGCGCUGGACGAGAUACUGAACAGCAACAAGACGCCACCAGCACUUGUCGCGAAAUCAGGAAGCAAACUAACGGCUGAUACGAUGGAAAAAGGCAUCGGAGAACGAUUGCUAGAGCGCUCGGGAAAGAAGCUACAGACGACAAUUCACAACGUACCGAUUAUCGUUGCAACACCCAUCGAAACACGACCCGCAGGCACUGAUGUGGCAUCUACCGUUGUAAUAACUCCAAAUCCAUCGGUGGCGAAAAAAACACUCGCCUUCGAGGUGAACAGUCCACGCAUGCAGUCACCCUGUGUGUCCGGUAGAAAUACACCGGAACUAACGGACGAUGCUCGACAGCAGCAGCAACAAUCCCUCAAGGCAACCCCGAAGGAACCGGCGCGAAAUGCGAAAGAACUGUUCAGCAAGGAGCGUGGCACAAGAAAGGAUCACAUCCAUAUGGUGGUAAUUGGCCAUGUGGAUGCGGGCAAGAGUACGCUGAUGGGUCAUCUGCUGUACGACACGGGGAACGUUUCGCAGCGAGUCAUGCACAAGCACGAGCAGGAGAGCAAAAAGUUGGGCAAGCUAAGCUUCAUGUAUGCCUGGGUGCUGGACGAAACGGGCGAGGAACGUGAACGGGGCAUUACGAUGGACGUUGGAAGUACACGGUUCGAAACCACGACCAAGGAGAUUACACUGUUGGAUGCUCCCGGGCAUAAGGACUUCAUCCCGAACAUGAUAUCGGGAGCGAAUCAGGCAGAUGUGGCACUGUUGGUAGUUGACGCAACCCGUGGAGAGUUUGAAACCGGAUUCGAGCAGGGUGGCCAGACACGGGAGCACGCCCUGUUAGUACGCUCGCUUGGCGUCAGUCAGCUCGGUGUGGUCGUGAACAAGCUGGACACGGUCGGCUGGUCAAAGGAUCGGUUCGAUGAGAUCGUAAGCAAGCUAAAAGUGUUCCUCAAGCAGGCUGGCUUCCGAGAUGCAGACGUUACGUAUGUUCCCUGCUCGGGUCUUACCGGUGAGAAUUUGGUCAAAGAUCCGACCGAUCUCGGGUUGAUUCAGUGGUACGAUGGGCCGACCCUUUUGAAAGUUAUUGAUUCCUUCAAAACACCGGAACGCGCUAUCGAUAAGCCGUUCCGGAUGUCGGUGGCGGAUAUUUUCAAAGGUACCGGCUCCGGCUUUUGCCUGUGCGGUCGUAUCGAAUCCGGUAUCGUGUGCGUAAACGAUAAAGUGCUGGUGUGUCCCAGCAAGGAGCAAGCCGUCGUUAAGAACAUCACCAUCGAUGAGUUACCGCAACAGACCGCCUUUGCUGGCGAUCAGGUAUCGCUAACGCUGGCCAACAUUGACAUCAACACCAUCUCGGUCGGGUAUAUUCUUUCGGACAUCUAUCAUCCGGUACCGCUAGCCACUCGGAUACUCGCACGCAUCGUGGUGUUUAACAUUAAAGUACCGAUUACGCGUGGCUAUCCGGUGCUGCUGCACCAUCAAUCACUAAUCGAGCCGGCCACGAUCCGUAAGCUAAAGGCACAGCUGCACAAGGGCACCGGUGAGGUGAUUAAGAAGAAUCCACGUUGUUUGGGUAACAAUUCGUGCGCGCUGGUUGAGAUGGAGUUUCAGCGACCGAUCGGUAUGGAGCGGUAUGCCGAUUUUAAGGAUUUGGGAAGAAUUAUGCUGCGCGUGGAAGGUGUCACGAUUGCUGCCGGGUUAGUAACGGAAAUCGUGAAGUAA